AUGGUAUUCCGAAUUCUACCCACAGUAUUCCUUCUAUUACUGCCUGGUUUAUACGCCUACACAUCGAGUUCCUAUAAUCCCAGCCGAUGUUGGAGUAGCGGAAACGGCCUGCCGGCAAGAUGGUGGAAUGAAGGCGAGACCCUUACCCGAGGGAAAUAUUGGUACGAGUGCCAAAAAGGUCGUCUUGAACCACGAGGUUGUGUAGCGGAUUCGAAUCGUAGACUGAACAUUGGCAGCACGAUCGAAACUGGAGGAUACGUGGCUGUUUGUGAGCUAGGACCGGACGGCUACUUACAGUUCCGUUUCGUUGCUUGCAUUGGAGAGGAAAAUCGUCACUACAGGGUUGGAGAGUCAUGGGUGGACGCACAGAACAUGUACUACUACGAAUGCGAACAAGAUGGACCGUAUUUGAAAAGCCGGCCAAAAGGUUGUAUAAGUCAUGACAAGCGGACGAGAGUCGCUAUCGGGGAGCGAGACGAUUUUGGAGACUAUAUGUACGAAUGCCGUCUGAAAUACAACGGAACAAUUCAGAUGUGCAGCGUUGGUUGUAUUCAUAAGGGACAGCAUUACAAAGUUGGAGAACAAUGGCCGGAUGGUGAGUUCAUCUAUUACUGCAAAUCCAACGGUGGCCGUAGCCAAAAAGUGUGCAUUGGUUGCCAACAUCGUCAAAAGCGGCUCUAUGAUGGUGAUCGAUACCGUGAUGAAGAUUCUGUCUACGAGUGCGAGAUUCGUCCAGAUUCCUUCGGACAUAAACCCGUUGCGUGUCUUUCCAAAGAACUCGAUGGUUCAAAGAUUGAACGAGUGAUUGGAUGUAGAUGGUACCUGCAGUCUUCCCAAGCGAAAAUCGAACAGACGUGUGAGCUCGAGGGUACGAAGACAGUAGUCAGGACACUUGGUUGCAUUUACAGGCACAAUGGAUUCGAUACAGUGUACCUGUCACCUGAUCGGUAUACCAUUUGGAAUGUGCCUGGCAAGAAGACGGCUAUCGGAAUAGCGUGCCGACUCACCCGUGACGGCGCAAAAUUGGAAGUAUUCGACGUAACUCAACUCCAGCAGAACACUCAAGGAUUAACGUACGAUCAACCGCGAGGAAAGUAA